AUGGUGUUUGCGCUCCCGGAAAACCUAACCAGAGAUCAAUGUGUGUACCUGACUAAGUUAAUCGAGCAGGUCAAGAGAUACGAGGAGAUGGUCACUUUCAUACUGAAGGUUGUUCUGUCUUCAACUCCUUUCUCCAAGCUCACCGUCGAGGAGCGGAAUCUCCUCUUCGUCACCUACAAGAAUCUCAUUCGCUCCCUCCGAGCCUCCAGGCGGGUCGCCUACACCAUCGAGCAGAAGGAGGAAGCUCGGAAGAACGACGACCUUGUUCGGUUGUUCCUCUUGUCAAGAAUUUUAGAUCCAAGGUCGACUCCACCAUGA